AUGGGAUGUUUGAUUGUUGUGGGUGUUUUAGUUAUUGUUGUGGAGUCAAUGGACGAGGUUGGUCCAAAUGAAACCCAGGAAUUGGAUGGGCCAUCAGUUCCAUGGCGGCCGAGGCAGCUUGCAUUUGGACAGUACAGGCAGGAGAGUGAACCUGCCAACAAGGAGCAAACUUUGCGUGUUGUUGUAAGAAGACCUAGGAGCUAUAAAGAAAAUUUUCUGGACCUUGAACUGCGAAAGCUUAUGAGUUGCAAGCAUUUCUGGAUUAAAAAUGGAAAGGGUACUCUGGGGAUUGACGGUUCCAUUGCAGAUGUUAGAGCCUAG